ACGGCGUCGUUUCCUUCUCCAAAAUUCUGUGACAAACAAACAGGAGCGAACGAGAGUAUCACCUCGUUGUCUCGUAUUUCCCACCUAACUCUUUGAUUCCUUUCCUUCAUUCUUUAUUUACUUUUCUUCUUAGUCGUUCUUCUGGUCUCUUCGGCCGCUUCUCUUCUGGGGAUAUUACUUUGCAAUAACAAUGGGGAGUUUCUUCAGAGGCCUAAAUGAGGAUACAGUUACUUCUCCACUAGACAUUCUUAGAUGUCCAUUUUUGAGGAACAUUAAUGAGCCCACUAAUUUCUCCUUCGCUUCAUCAUUGCCAUUUCCCAUGCCUGUUCACACAGCCAAAGGUCCAAUUUUUGAGGAUGGUCCAAACUUUGAUAUGGCUUUCAGGCUUUUUCAUGGGCGUGAUGGAGUAGUCCCACUUUCUGAAAGAUCAUUAGAGGCAGCAGAACCUGAGUUAGCCCCACCGCAGUUUAAUCCUUUAGCUGCUAAAGCAGCCACUAUCAGUCUUUCAUCUUUUGGACUUGGAGGACCAUUCAGUUUUGAUUCAUUUUCAGAGAAGUGGAAGAAUCAAAAAGGAAAAUCAAAAUCCUCCAAAAAAGAGUCUUCUUCACAGGGAGGAAAAUCUAAUCACGAAGCUAUGAGCAAUGAGUGGCUACAAAAUGGUAACUGUCCAAUUGCGAAGUCAUAUCGUGCAGUUAGUGGUGUCCUGCCACUUGUUGCAAAGGUUUUCCAGCCUCCUACUGGCAUGCAACUUAGGUGCCCACCAGCAGUGGUUGCAGCCCGAGCAGCUAUCGCACGAACUGCUUUUGCAAAGAACCUUCGCCCUCAACCCUUGCCUGCAAAAGUACUUGUGAUUGGGAUGUUGGGUAUGGCGGCAAAUGUCCCACUAGGUGUAUGGAGGGAACAUACUAAAAAGUUUUCAGCAUCCUGGUUUAUUGCUAUUCAUGCAGCUGUUCCAUUCAUAGGAAUGCUCAGAAAGUCUGUGUUGAUGCCAAAGACAGCUAUGGCAUUUACCAUUGCAGCGUCUGUAUUGGGACAAGUCAUUGGUUCUAGGGCAGAAAGAUACCGUUUGAAAGCAGUAGCCGAGAAAAGAUUGGCUCUAGAGGAAAAUUCUGUUGGUAAUACAAGUCAGUUACAGGUUGUUGCGGUUAAAGGUGGACAUUGUGGCAAUCCCAGGGAAUGGAAUUCAGCACCUCUUCAGGUGGUCACACCAUCUACUUCUGCAGACGUUUUCUGCUGAUUAGAGGUAAUUGAUCAAAUUAUAUUUUAUUGUCCCAUAUUUUGUGUUUGUAAUGUCUGCCUUGCAAGAGGCUUGUUUUUGGCUAUUGGGGAAAUAAUAAGAGGUAAAAAAAUGAAAUAAUUGAUAUUUGUAAGUGAAGUAUUAUUUGAUGUUCUCUCUUUGUAUGCAAUUGUUCAUGUGUUUUUCUUUUUCUUGUAAGAAACUUCCUUUUGGGACAUGGAACUAAGAAUAAAAGAUGAAAUUUGAGCAGA